AUCCGCAACUCAUUUCUCGUCCCUGUCGACACUUUUCGUCUUCCAUCGCUUACAUCGCCCGUAUACUUACGCAACCAUGAAGCUCGCCACUAUCGUUCUCGGCAUCGCCGCUGCUGCCGUCGCUGCUCCGAUUCAGUCGUCUGAUACCCCGGUAAGCAGCGGUCUCGAUCGACGUGGCCCUCAAGGAGGCGGACCUAUAGACGGUUGGUUAGGCGCGAAACCCGGCAUACUGGGUAGUGCCAUUGAGGGAAGCGGUUUGCCUCUUCUCGAUGACCUUACAAAAAAACUUCCCGUAGGGGGAUCCCUAGGCGGCGGUGGAAAGGUCCGUCGGGAGGAGAGCCUAAAAUCAACGACCAACAAGCAGAUUGAGCGGCGUGAGGCUUCGCCCCUCGGCACAGAGGUUCUGUCGGCCGUAGUACCAGUCGUAGCCGGGUUGGCAGGUGGAAUUGGAGGCGGCGGCGGCGGUGCGAAGGUCCGUCGUGACGAGAGCAUUGAGGCAACAGUGGCCGCGGACGUCGAGCCCACCGGCGAGGACGCCGCCAACGUCCAGAAACGUCAGCUCCCAAUCAAGGGGGAUGUUGUUAAUAAAUUGAUGAAAAUAGUCUCAGAGACAGGCCUGAAACGUGACGAGGGAAUUGUGUCGAAGGAGGAUGGCACUAUCUAGAUGAGGAAUACUCAUGGCAGACUCAGCAUCGUAACCAUCAGAAAGGAAGGAUACAUUGGAAUGGAGAAUGUUCAGAAAGGACUGGUUAUUUGAUCAAGGCGGGAUUAUAGUUGGAAAAUAUAACCUUCUAUAUCUAGUUUAAUCUGGCGUAUUGAUCAGUUGCAAUAUCAAAAAUCCUUCCAAGCGUAGCACUAUGGUAGUAGCUAUACGCUCAAUUGCCUGACUAUAUAUCAACACUUGGCAAUAUAUCUACAUUUAACUUCUAA